AUGAAGCCGCCACUCAGCGCUCUUUAUAAGGCUCAUACACUGAUCUACAGUCCGGAGGUGGCAAUGAGGAAACAGGCUUCGGGCAUUAAAAACAUAUCACUACUGAAGGAGCAACAUUUGAGAAAACUGUUUUCGGUGAACGAUGAAGAAUACGCUCAUCGCGCUGAAAAGAAAAAGGAGAAGAAAUUGUUGGCGAAGCGAAACAACGACGAGAUUCGUAGACUGGAACAGGAGAGGAAAGAGAAUGAGAGAGAAAAGCGUAGACUAAAAAGAGACGGAGAGAAAAAACGUAAAGAGGAGCUCGAACAUCAGAAACGGCAGGAGAUGCAGAAAAAGGAAAUGAAAGUCCAGAAAGAAGUUGCUAAGAAGCAGGAGUUAGAGAGCAAAGCUGCUGAGAAGGCUAAAAAAGAACAAGAAGUUGUCAAUAAAGAGAAAGAGAAUACGAUAAAUGCUGAGAAGUUGAAUGAAAGCGAGCAAGGUGUCACGAAGGAAAGGCCAUCACAAACAGAUAAGCGAACUGCUCCAUUCUCGAGCUCUGAAGAAGAGGUGGAGAAAAAGAGGAAGAAGAAGGAAACGAAACCAAGUGAUAUAAAAGACACGUCCACGAAAGUCGCUGACGUCACAGCUUCCAAAACGACUACAAAUGAGGAUGUAUAUGAAGACGGCAAGCACGCGAAAAAGAAGGGAGGUAAGAAAAAGAAGACGAGUGAGAGCGAUUCUGGAUUUCACAAUGAUGAUCGUGAGACAGUUGUGACCAAUGAUGUACCACACGUAGACGUCCAGAACAUCCACAAACCACAUGAAAAACCCAGGGAGGUGAUUCAGGUCCAAGAAGAGACAGAAACUAAAAUGGACGAAAAUGAAUCUAUGGAGUUUGCGAAUGGAGACAUGGUUCACGCUAAAGAUCUUACAUGUGUCAGUGAACCUGCUUCGCAUGCAGAAAUGCUAAAUCUUGGUUUAGUGGAUGAAUCUUCGUCCAAAACGAAUGAGCACAUGGAGACGAACGACCAACAUGGAGAACUUGCCGAGGACCAUCUGCCCUCCGUGACUAUUUCGCCGGACUUAGUGAACCCACAGAAGGUUGAUGGAGAAAAAACGCCAUUAUCUAUUCAAGUUGAAGAAAUGCCAGCUCAGAUCAAGGAAAGUGAAAAAACCACAGGUCACACAACUACAUCUACAUCACCAACGCAGUUUGCCCAAAACGUUGAUAAAUUGGUUGCACAUGUAUACACAAAUAUCAUGCAUAGUACUACUGGAGGCGAUCCGACUAUGAAGACAACAGAAGAAGCUCAACUGAAUGUGGUGUCCGAGAAGAAAUCAGGUGCCUCGACCAAUCAUAGAACGCACAUCACUCCACUUCCUAUUGAACAACAUCACUUCUCUAGACCGACGACACCUUCAAGUCGCGACCGUCUAUACAAACUACUUCCUAAGGACAUAAUAUUUUGUUCUGGCUUAAUAGAUUCAUAUGGGGAAGACUACGUAGCCAUGGCUGCAGAUCCAAGGAAUGUUUACAAGGAAAAUGCACGUGGGAUUCAGAGGAAAAUUAGAAUUUUCAAGGAAUCUCCACAUUAUCAGACGUAUCUCCGAGCAAAGAAGGAAAGCAGACCUAUAGAGGAUAUAUUGGCAGAAGAGAAUCAAACCUAA